ACCACCACCACCACAAUGGCUCUCAACCCUGGAGACAGCUUUCCCAGCGACAUCACCUUCCAGUAUAUCCCCUGGACCGAGGAAAAGGGCAAGAUCACCUCCUGCGGCAUCCCAAUCAACUACAACGCCUCCACGGAGUGGGCAGACAAGAAGGUCGUCUUGUUUUCCGUGCCAGGCGCCUUCACUCCCACCUGCUCGGUCAACCAUCUCCCACGGUACAUCGAGACGCUCCCAACCCUCAAAGCCAAAGGCGUCGACAUCGUCGCCGUGGUGGCCUUUAACGAUGCUUUCGUCAUGAGCGCCUGGGGGAAGGCCAACGAGGUCAAGAACGACGAUAUUCUCUUUCUCUCCGACCCCGACGCCCAGUUCUCAAAGAGAAUCGGCUGGGCGGACGCCUCCACCGGCCGGACAGGUCGGUACGCGCUCGUCAUCGAUCAUGGCAAGGUCUCGUAUGCGCAGAUAGACACCCAGAGAGGGGUUGUCACGGGAUCCGGGGCGGAUGCAGUUCUGGCAUCUUUGUAGACAUUCAUUCACAUUAAACAAUAUUGAAUACAAUCAACACUAAAAAACGAUUCAGACCAAUUUGAUAUAAACUACAUCUCAUCCAAUCUCGGCGCCUCCUCGAGUAUCACAUCCUUCUUCUUCGCCGGCGUCGCUUCUUGGAUCUCGCCUCUAUCCGCUUUGAUCUGGGCAGUCAGCAUCCAGUAUUCCCUCACAGAGCACAGUUCAUACAGAAGCCUCGCUAGUGCUGGCGUUCAUCUCCUCCCACUUGCCCAUCCGUACGGUCUGCGCAUCCUUCUGGCGCUCGGAGAUGAAUUCGGGGGCGUCAAAAUUAUCGGGAAAGGUCGAUGCAACGAACA